AUGGCUCCCGCAGCGCUUGACUCCGCAGAGGCGCGGUGGCAAACGCAACUGGCCAACAUGCGCGCAGCAUUGGCCGACCUCAAAUUGCCUCAAAAUAAUGGAGACACGCUUUAUGAUUCGGAUGUCGCCUUUGAAGAAGAGGACUUUACGUCUGGUAAUAGUGGCGAUGAUGUAUGGGAUUUCAUUAGUGAUAGCGAAGAAGACGUCUACAGCAGCGACUCUAAUGGAGACCAUGAUCCGCCAAUCCCAAAUGGCUCAUAUGGACCGCAAUGGCUGAGGAGCAAAUGUUUGCUUCUGUCCUCUAGAAAGCAAGGUCUUCGGGGCGAAGAUUUACAAGAACAAAUAAUGGCACUCCUGGCAUCAGACAGUGUUGAAGAAGAGCUACAAUCCACCCUUACCGAUAUCAUUGGUUUUGAUGAUCUUGAUUUCGUUACUGAUCUUAUUUCUCAUCGUAGAGAAAUCACAGCCCCUUCUCCAUUUGCGGCAAAUCAGGAUGACAGUAUAUUCGGCAAGCUUCAGACUAAACGUCAGCGUGAGGAGACCUUGAGGCAGAGAGAUUACGAGCACAAGAACGCAACUUUAGGCCCGAGUCUCAAUAGAGACGGUCCUCAAUAUCCCCAUGUUUAUAAAGCACAUUCUGCUGGCAACUUGCUAGAUCACCGAGGCCAGAAAUAUGGACUUCCUGCCGGAAGUGAGAGAAAGGAACAUGCCAGAUACGAAGAAUACAUUAUACCUGCAGCUAAAGUUGGUACAUUGGGUGCUGGCCGCCAGCUUGUCAAGAUUUCAGAAAUGGACGGCCUCUGCCGUAAGACUUUCAAGGGUUACAAGACUCUCAAUCGCAUGCAAAGCUUGGUAUAUCCUGUUGCAUACCAGAGCAGCGAAAACAUGCUUAUUUGCGCUCCGACUGGUGCUGGUAAAACUGAUGCUGCUAUGCUCACUGUGCUUCAUGCAAUUGGACAAAAUACUUCACCAAAUCCCGCAGAACAACCAGAAGCUUCUGAUUUCGUUGUAAACACCGAAGACUUUAAGAUUGUCUAUAUCGCUCCCAUGAAAGCUCUUGCUGCGGAAAUCACGCAGAAACUUGGUAGCCGACUUGCCUGGCUUGGUGUGCAGGUUCGAGAGCUCACGGGAGAUAUGCACCUCACAAAAAAAGAGAUUGUCCAGACGCAGAUCAUUGUAACAACUCCAGAAAAGUGGGAUGUUGUGACCCGGAAAGGGACCGGUGAUACUGAACUCGUUCAAAAAGUGAGACUCUUGAUCAUCGAUGAGGUACACAUGCUUCACGAUGAUCGUGGAUCUGUGCUUGAAUCACUUGUUGCUAGGACAGAACGCCAAGUCGAGAGUACACAGUCCCUCAUCCGAAUUGUUGGUCUGUCUGCUACUUUACCUAACUAUGUCGACGUUGCGGACUUCUUGAAAGUAAAUCGACAUGCCGGCCUGUUUUACUUCGAUGCAAGCUUCAGACCGGUCCCUCUUGAGCAACAUUUUAUUGGUGUAAAAGGCAAGGCCGGGACCAAAACUUCACGAGACAACAUUGAUACUACUGCGUUUGAAAAGGUACGUGAGAUGCUCGAGCAAGAUCACCAAGUGAUGGUCUUCGUUCAUUCCAGAAAGGACACCCAGAACACGGCGAAAAUGCUGUACGAGAAAGCUAUCGAGCAAGUAUGCGUCGAUCUAUUCGAUCCUACCAGUCAUCCCAUGUACGAAGCCGCGAUCAAGGAUCUCAAGCAGUCAAAAGGCAAAGAACUUCGUGAACUCUUGCCGAAAGGAAUUGGAAUCCAUCAUGCAGGAAUGGCUCGUUCGGAUCGAAAUCUGAUGGAAAAGCUUUUUGGUAAUGGCGUCUUAAAGGUACUUUGCUGUACUGCAACGCUUGCAUGGGGUGUUAAUUUGCCGGCGGCAGCUGUUGUUAUCAAAGGAACGCAGGUGUACAGCGCUCAGGAGGGCAAAUUUAUUGACCUCGGAAUACUGGACGUUCUUCAAAUUUUUGGUCGUGCUGGUCGACCUCAGUUUGAAGACACUGGUAUUGGAAUGAUUUGCACAACACACGAUAAGGUUCAGCAUUACCUUACAGCAGUCACAGCUCAAGUCCCUAUCGAAUCAAAAUUCUCGAAGCAUCUUGUGGACAACUUAAACGCCGAGAUUGGUCUAGGAACCGUGACAUCGGUCCCAGAAGCGGUAACCUGGCUUGGCUACUCCUACUUGUUUGUUCGCAUGCAAAGAAAUCCUCUUACAUAUGGAAUUGACUGGGCAGAGAUUAGAGACGACCCAACGCUGGUUCAACGCCGACGGCUGUUGAUCAUUCAAGCUGCGAGAACGUUGCAACAGAAUCAGAUGAUCAUCUUCAAUGAGACAACGGAGGAGCUUCGCAGCAAAGACAUUGGCCGAAUCGCCAGUCAAUAUUAUAUUCUUCAUACCAGCAUUGAAAUCUUCAACACUAUGAUGAGGCCGCAGGCUACUGAAGCUGAUGUUUUGAAAAUGAUUGCUAUGAGUGGAGAGUUUGACAACGUCCAGUCAAGAGAUACAGAAUCGAAGGAGCUCUCAAAACUUCGCGACGAACAAUUCUCACCUUGCGAGGUCGAGAAAGGCGAGUCGUCGCAGACCAAGACCAAUAUCCUCUUGCAAUCUUAUAUAUCCCGUGCGUACAUCGAGGACUUCGCCUUGGCCAAUGACUCGAAUUACAUUGCGCAGCAAUCCGCCAGAAUCUGCAGGGCGCUGUUCAUGAUUGCCCUUAACCGGCGAUGGGGUCACCAAUGCUUGGUCUUGCUUUCAAUGUGCAAAUCGAUCGAGAAGCGUCUAUGGGCAUUUCAGCAUCCUCUGCAACAGUUCGAUUUACCUAAACCAGUCCUCAAUCAGUUGGAAUCCAAAGACUCGGUAACGAUAGAGACAUUGAGGGACAUGGAGCCUGCGGAGAUAGGGUCCCUAGUACACAACUUCGCAGCUGGGAAGAAUAUCUCCAAGAUCCUAGACAACUUUCCCACAAUCAGCAUCGACUCUGAAAUUGCUCCAUUAAAUAGGGAUGUGCUCCGAAUCAAGUUAUACCUUACACCAGACUUCCGUUGGAACGACCGUCAUCAUGGAACAUCCGAGAGUUACUGGAUCUGGGUUGAGAACUCCGAGACGUCAGAGAUCUACCAUCACGAGUUUUUCAUUCUUAAUCGGAGAAAACUAUAUGAUGACCAUGAGCUCAAUUUCACGAUCCCGUUGUCAGAUCCGCUACCGACUCAGAUCUAUGUCAGAGCUGUGUCUGAUCGUUGGCUCGGUGCGGAAACGGUUCAUCCUAUCUCCUUUCAGCAUCUUAUCAGACCAGAUACUGAGAGUGUUUACACCGAUCUCUUGAACUUGCAGCCUCUCCCGGUCACAGCUCUCAAAAAUCCUGGGUUAGAAGAGAUUUAUGGCCAGAGAUUCCAGUUCUUCAACCCGAUGCAGACACAACUUUUCCAUUGUCUGUACCAUUCGCCUGCAAAUGUAUUCUUGGGUUCUCCCACUGGAUCUGGAAAGACCAUCGCUUGCGAGCUGGCAAUGUGGUGGGCAUUUAGAGAAAAGCCUGGUUCAAAAGUAGUGUACAUUGCACCCAUGAAAGCACUUGUUCGAGAGCGUGUCAAAGACUGGAGCGCGCGAAUCACUCGGCAAAUGGGUUUGAAGCUAGUCGAGUUGACUGGUGACAAUACUCCAGACACUCGUACUAUUCGUGAUGCGGAUAUCAUAGUCACUACUCCUGAAAAGUGGGAUGGUAUUUCGCGAGGGUGGCAAUCGAGAGGCUACGUUAAGCAGGUCAGCUUGGUCAUUAUAGACGAGAUCCAUCUACUAGGUGGUGAUCGAGGUCCCAUUUUGGAGAUCAUCGUGUCUCGUAUGAACUAUAUUGCCGCCCAAUCUAAGAACUCCGUAAGGCUGAUGGGUAUGUCAACGGCAUGUGCAAAUGCUAUGGAUCUUGGGAACUGGCUUGGCGUGAAGGAAGGAUUUUUCAAUUUCCGACACAGUGUUCGUCCUGUCCCGUUGGAAACAUUCAUUGAUGGUUUUCCCGAAGUGCGAGGAUUCUGCCCUCUCAUGCAAUCUAUGAAUCGACCCACGUUCUUGGCAAUCAAAACACAUAGCCCUGAUAAGCCUGUUAUUGUGUUUGUGGCUUCUCGCCGACAGACACGUUUGACGGCUAAGGAUUUGAUCAAUUUUUGUGGAAUGGAGGAUAAUCCCCGUCGUUUUGUCAAGAUGUCAGAAGAUGACCUGCAACUAAAUCUUUCCAGAGUCAAAGACGAUGCUUUGAAGGAAGCGUUAAGCUUUGGUAUCGGUCUCCAUCAUGCAGGUCUUGUUGAGUCUGAUCGAUCAUUGUCAGAAGAGUUGUUCGCCAAUAACAAGAUCCAAAUUCUUGUUGCAACAAGUACACUUGCUUGGGGUGUGAAUCUGCCCGCUCACCUAGUUGUUGUCAAAGGAACUCAGUAUUUUGAUGCUAAAAUUGAGGGCUACAAGGACAUGGACCUUACAGAUGUUCUUCAAAUGAUGGGCCGUGCUGGCCGUCCACAGUUCGACACAUCGGGAAUUGCAAGAAUCUUUACUCAAGAUUCGAAGAAGGCUUUCUACAAACACUUUCUCCAUACUGGCUUUCCUGUAGAGUCAUCGCUACACAAUGUUUUGGACAACCAUUUGGGUGCGGAAGUCUCAGCGGAAACCAUUACUACGAAGCAGGAUGCGUUGGACUACUUGACGUGGACCUUCUUUUUCCGUCGCUUGCACAAAAAUCCCUCGUAUUAUGGCCUCGAGAUCUCAGCGGAAGAACAUAACACCAUUGCUGCUCAGCAAAUGGCUAACGACUACAUGAUUGAGAUGGUGGACAAGUCGCUUGGAGAACUUGCAGAAUCACAGUGUCUUACCAUGUACCCAAACGGAGACGUCGACUCAACGGCUCUUGGUAAGAUAAUGAGUUACUAUUAUCUGUCUCACAAAACAAUACGCCAUUUGGUGAAGCAUGCGACGCGUGAUGCUUCGUUCGCAGACGCCUUAUUUUGGAUGUCCAGCGCAAUAGAGUAUGACGAACUUCCCGUCCGUCACAACGAGGAUCUCAUCAACGCGGAGCUCUCAAAGAAUCUCCCCAUUCCAGCUUCAUCAUUUGAUGGUCUUCCAAUGUGGGAUCCACAUGUCAAAGCAUUCCUUCUCUUGCAAGCACACAUGUCACGCAUCGAUCUCCCAAUCACGGAUUAUGUUGGUGAUCAAACCAGUGUACUCGACCAAGCGAUCCGUAUUAUACAAGCCAGUAUCGACGUUAUUACAGAGAUGGGCUUCCUGUCAAGUUGCAUGCAAAUGAUCACGCUGCUUCAAUGUAUCAAGUCUGCGCGUUGGCCAACAGAUUAUCCAUUGUCUAUCCUUCCAGGUGUACCAACAACCCAACCCGAGGAGGCAGGAGUUCCAUCAUCUCUUCAAGCACUGGCCGACCAAUCGGAAAAUGAAUAUCAGUCAACCAUACGAGCUUUCGGUUUGUCUUCCGCUCAAACCCAGAAGUUUAAUAAGGCAGCAACAUAUCUUCCAAUUCUUAAAAUUGAUGUAAAAGAUAUAACACCUUUCUCUUUAACCAUAACCAUCGAACGUCAAAAUCCUUUACUAGAUAAGGAAGGCAAAAUGUACGCUCCACGUUUCCCGAAGUCACAAACAGAGGGAUAUUUUGCGAUUCUCUGUAACGAAGGGAAAGACGAAAUCAUUGCUAUCAAAAGAGUGAGCUGGAAUUCAAACACCAACAUGAGAGGAAAGCCAAGUGCCAGAGCGUCCAUGAAAUUCGCUAGCGACGAGCCAGGUCGCGCUGAGCAAGGAAGGAAAUUUGAUGUCUGGAUUGUUAGCGAUGGAUAUCUGGGACUCAUACACAAGAUUCAGGGUGUCGAAAUUCCGGAUGUUGUGCCCGAAGUCGUUACACUGCCUGCGGAGUAUGACGGAAAGAAAGCGGAAAAGGGGGCUGCGAAAAAUGGACAGGGGAGUCGGGUCUAA